CCUUUUCCUGUGUUCCAAACUGCCCAAACUGCCCGUUGUUGAACACUUUCCCUGUUUGUGAAGCACCAUCUCUCUCUCAAAACCUGCUUUUGACUAAAAAAAACACAACUGGGCAUCACUAAUUCUUCAUUUCCUGUGAUCCAUAUCCUUCAAUCAUUUCAAAGCUAGAUUCUUUGACAUGGCCUCUCUUCAUUUUCAUUAGUUUUUUUGUUAUUUUUCCUGGAGAUGGGGUUGGGUCCUGAUUCUUUAAAGGUGACAAAUUUAGAAGAUAAAUCAAAGAAAAACAAGAACAAGAAGAAUAAAGAUGAUGAUGGUGAUGAAGGGUUUGGUUGUUGGGGUAGACUGAGAUUGAUGGGUGGUUGCAUGCCUUCAAGAUCAAAAGUUGAUAACUCUUUAAGUGGCAUCACAACUCAGUAUGUGGAAAGUAAAGCUGCCGAUGACACGAGUAAAGACCAACCGAUCGUUCCAGUGGUAGAGGCUGAGGCUCCAGCUAUAUCCUCUACCACCACUAGUAAUGGAGAAAGUGCCCCGUCUACUCCAAAAUUCAGUGAGGAAUUGAAGCUUGCUUCACAACUGAGGAUAUUUGCGUUCAAUGACCUUAAAUUGGCGACUAGGAAUUUCAGGCCCGAGAGUCUUCUUGGAGAGGGUGGUUUUGGAUGCGUCUUCAAAGGUUGGAUAGAGGAGAAUGGAACUGCGCCUGUGAAACCUGGCACGGGGCUUACUGUUGCAGUGAAAACGCUUAACCACGAUGGACUUCAGGGUCACAAGGAGUGGCUUGCUGAAGUUAGUUUUCUUGGAAAUCUUCUUCAUCUCAAUUUGGUUAAAUUGAUUGGCUAUUGUAUUGAAGAUGAUCAAAGGUUGCUGGUGUAUGAGUUUAUGCCUAGAGGAAGCUUGGAGAACCACCUCUUCAGAAAAGGGUCCUUGCCUCUUCCUUGGUCUAUCAGAAUGAAAAUUGCACUUGGUGCUGCCAAAGGUCUUGCCUUUUUACAUGAAGGGGCUGAAAGAUCGGUGAUUUAUCGAGAUUUUAAAACAUCAAAUAUCUUACUAGAUGCGGAUUACAAUGCCAAACUCUCUGAUUUUGGACUUGCCAAAGAUGGUCCUGAGAGUGGUAAAACACACGUAUCAACUCGAGUAAUGGGAACAUAUGGUUAUGCUGCUCCGGAAUAUGUGAUGACUGGACAUUUGACCUCAAAGAGUGAUGUAUAUAGCUUUGGAGUAGUUUUGCUGGAAAUGCUGACUGGACGGAGAUCCAUGGACAAGAACCGCCCAAAUGGGGAGCACAAUCUUGUAGAAUGGGCAAGACCGCAUUUUGGAGAUAAGAGAAGGUUCUAUCGACUACUAGACCCUCGUCUUGAAGGCCAUUUUUCAAUAAAAGGUGCUCAGAAAGCUAUACAGUUGGCUGCUCAGUGUCUUAGCCGUGACCCCAAAGCCAGACCCCGGAUGAGCGAAGUCGUUGAAACACUAAAGCCUUUGCCGGGCAUGAAGGAUAUGGCCAGCUCUUCCUAUUAUUUCCAAACCAUGCAAACAGAUCGUAACAAAUCAAAUAUGCAUACAAAAAACGGCAUCAGGACACAGCCAGGAUUUAUGACGAGGAAUGGGCAGCCAUUGCGGAGCUUAUCCAGCCUAAGUGAUACGCGUGCUUCUCCCUAUAACCAGCCUUACCAGUCACCAAAGCCUAAUGGGAAAAAAUCAUAGCACUAAAAUUGCAUGCACGGGUAUUAUCCUUAAUAGCUCGUAUUUCCUAUUAGCUUGUUCAGUCAUACUUUCUUUAAAAGAAAUAGCACCGAGGGUGGUUCCAUCAUUUUCUUUAAGGAGGGAUGAUAUUUUUGUUAUUCAUCAUUUACACUCUUUCAGUAAAAUGACGGAACAAGGCUCGACAACUUGCAUGGUUUCCAUUGACGUCGGUAAUCAUCGAAACUCCGGAUGCCCAUAUGCUUUUAUUCCUUAUUUAAUUACUUACUCCAUUAUUACUUAAGGUAUUAAAGUAAUUUUGGAGACUAAGAUACCGGAAAAUAUGAAAAGAAGGAUGCAUUUUUCGCGAGGGUGACGUGUGACAGCAUAUUGUUGAAGGUUUGGCAGUAGGUCGAUGAGGAGAGCGUUAUGUGGUGUAAAUUCAUGUAGUUUUUCUUAUUGGUUUUCAUUGUCAUCAUCAAAUAAUGCUGCAUUUACCUCUUUCCAACUUUAACAUUAGCCUCUCUUCUUUUUUAUAUUGUUGAUUUUAUGCAUAUGGGUAUCUUUCUAUGUCAUUGAUGUAAAUAUAGGGAUUAUUAUUAGUCUUUUCACAUUGUCUUAUUUGGGAAUACACAGUAUUUUGGAGGAAAACUGAAGGAAAGAUUAAGGUGUAUUAUAUCUUUCUAUAUCAGUGACAGCAAAAGUUGUGGCAUUUCAUUUACAGCAA